AUGCGUGAAUACAAAAUUGUUGUACUUGGUAGUGGUGGUGUUGGUAAAUCAGCACUGACUGUACAGUUUGUUCAAGGAUUAUUUGUUGAAAAAUAUGAUCCUACGAUCGAAGAUAGUUAUCGAAAACAGGUUGAAGUUGAUGGACAACAAUGUAUGCUGGAAAUUUUGGAUACUGCUGGCACAGAACAAUUUACAGCUAUGCGUGAUUUAUAUAUGAAAAAUGGUCAAGGUUUUGUUCUUGUUUAUUCAAUAACAGCUCAAUCAACAUAUAAUGAUCUUGUUGAUUUACGUGAUACUAUUCUUAAAGUAAAAGAUACAACUGAUGUACCAAUGGUUCUUGUAGGAAAUAAAUGUGAUCUUGAAGAUGAACGUGUUGUUGGAAAAGAAGUUGGUCAAACAUUAGCACGUAAUUGGGGUUCAACAUUUCUUGAAACAUCAGCUAAACAAAAAAUUAAUGUUAAUGAGAUUUUUUUUGAUCUUGUACGUCAAAUAAAUAAACGAACACCAGUUAAUAAAGAUAAAAAAAAAGGUAAAAAUACUGGUCAAAUGGCAAAUACACAUAUACCAUCAUCAAGUGGUAAAACUGGUUUUGAUAGUUUACAAACAGAUCAAACAGCUAACAAUCAACGAGAUAAACAAAAUUGUUGUGUACUUUUAUAG